AUGUCCAGAAAUAGUGCCCAGAUAGCGCCAGAAGACAUCUCGUCGAGUCUCCCACCCUCACGACCAAGCACCGUGAGAUCAAACAACGGAACUUCAAGAGCUGGAAGACUUAUUCGCAAUGCACACCAGUCAUUCACCGAGUCUAGGCCGCCGGUUGGAAUGUUCCAUGCUUUUGGGUCAGCGGCUUCAAAUAUACCCACCAUGAACGACAUUCAGACAGGCAAAUUUGAAUCUCAGGGUUGGUCUGGGCCUGGGCAAAGGAGGAACAGUACAGCGCAUCGCGACUCGGACGCACAAGUGAUAUAUACGCACAGGCAACGAGCUAUGUCUGUUGCGUUGCCUUCCAAAUCAGAAACGAUUACCGAGAAGGUUGAGAUGGAAGAGAGUGUCGAAGGAGUGGUUGGGACACCACAAACCGAGAUCACAACCAUGAUGACCCCUCAUGAUCCCUCUGUCCCUUACGAGAAUGGGUAUCAAUUUCCACCAAAGCACUCGGCUAAGCAAGCAACAAUAAUCGGCCUAAGAUCAUUCGGCAAGUGGGUCAUAACGCCCUUUGGAUUCCUUCUUACUUUAUAUGCGCUAAAUAUUGUCGCUUGGGGCGGUAUGCUGUUCUUGAUCCUGAUCCACGCAACGCCUGCCAUGGCACAUCCUUCCUACAACGACGACUAUAGUGGAGCUAAGAUAUGGCUCGAGAUUACAGCACAAAUCCUUAACGCUCUCUUCUGCGUGACUGGUAUAGGACUCAUUCCGUGGAGAUUCCGAGACCUAUGGUAUCUCCUCAAAUGGCGUCUUCGAAAAGAUCACCAUGGUCUCAGAAGAUUAGCAGGUAUCCACCGGGACUGGUUUCGUCUUCAAGGAAGUCAAGAAAUCGAUAUCAACUAUCAUCCCGCCACAGACCCUCUUCCUGCAAACGUCGAUGAUGCCGCACUCGCCCUUCCGGUCUCCCGUUCUCCAGAUGCGCCGCUUACCGGCGAGCGUGCCUCGCCCUCAAAGUACUGGUUCUUGGACUUUGUGAUCUGGAUGUUCGUGUUCAACACUCUUCUUCAAAUCGUCCUCAACGGGUUCAUGUGGGGAAUGAACCGCUUCCAUCGUCCGGGUGCCGUUGUCGGUCUUCUCAUCUCACUUGCGUGCAUCGUCGCUUCGGCUGCUGGUUAUCUUAUCUUCAGGGAGGGCAAGAGAGUCAAGAAGGUUGAGGGCGUGCCUGUCAGUGCCGAGGAUCAGGAGCUGUUGAAGCAGAUGAGGGAGAAAGAUGCGGCUGCCGCUGCGGUUUAA